GGUAGCGCAUGGGCAGCCAGUGGGGAAUAAUUCCACAUCGCAUCACAUGCCUUACAUUGCGUCCUUAUAUGAACGAAACCUUGCAUUUGAURAUAUUUUGUGAAUUAACAAUAGCCUAACAGUCAUUUUCGAAUUCUGGUAACCUUGGCAAUCAGGUCGCAUUAGAUGGGUAUUCAUAUAGCCCUCCGUUGCAAGAUCGUGGAAACGAUAUGGGUUUCGGCACCCAUGAAUCAUGGCUAAUUCCUGCAAAUAUUGCCACCGGYGCAGUGUAUUUACAUCCUUAACGUUUUCGGCAUGUAGGAUGGUAUGAGGGAACGACCUGGCAAGCCAAUGGGAAGAUAUGCAUAUUUUAACACGCUUGUCGAGAUGGAGACAUCAAUGAGAUGACCUGGGAACUCAAAAUCAGACCAAAUUCACUAGACGACUAAGGACCUUAUUCCAACUGUGUGCAGCAACACUUCAUUCAAACGCUACUUCACCGAGAAGAGCAUUCUCAUUGCUGAGCCAAUGUAGAACCUGCACCUUCAGGAUUGCAUGACUUCUUUCCUUGCCUGGAUUUCAGCACACAGUCAGCUCUACCAGGACAGAGUAUGCCAUCUGCAUCUUUCCACAGAAUUCUACGACCAUUUCUACUUGGCACCUUUCUCCUGGGCUGUUUUGUGACUCUGUUUUUGAUGUACUUCAAACCGUCAACUAGCUGGCUAUCAGGUCCUGUAGAGUCAACAGCAUCCACUAUCCAAGUUAAAAAUCUCUUCUCUACCAAGGGUGACAAAAACCUUACCACUGUACUCGUCUGGCUCUGGCCCUUUGGACAGACCUAUGACAUUGGUGUCUGCAGCUCUCUGUUCAACAUUGAGGGCUGUUUCAUCACAGCAGAUCGGAACCUAUAUAAUAAGUCAGAUGGUGUCAUCAUACAUCACAGGGAUAUCUGUACUGAUCUCUCCAACCUGCCCCCCCUUCACCGUCCCUCCUUCCAAAAGUGGAUAUGGAUGAACCUAGAGUCACCAUCCCACUCCUCUCAGCUGCCCGGUAUUGAAAACUUGUUCAAUUUAACUCUGAACUAUCGCCAGGAUGCUGAUAUCGAAGUGCCUUAUGGGUCGAUUGUGACGGCCCAAGGGGACGAGGAUUUCGUGCCACCGAGCAAAAGCAAGUUGAUCUGCUGGAUUGUCAGCAACUGGAACCAGGAUCACGUGCGAGUGAAGUACUACAACGAGCUCUAUAAACAUAUUGAGGUUCACGCUUAUGGACAAGCCUUUGGAGAGUACAUUGCAGAUCAAGAAUACUUUCCUACCAUCGCCAGUUGUAAAUUCUACUUGGCGUUUGAGAACUCAAUUCACAAAGACUACAUCACAGAGAAACUGUAUAACCCACUCUCUGUAGGGACGGUGCCUGUGGUUUUAGGUCCACCAAGACAGAACUACGAGAACUUUGUCCAGGGGGAAGCCUUUAUCCAUGUGGAUGACUUCACCUCACCCAAAGAGCUGGCUGAUUAUCUCCUGCUCUUGGACAGGAAUGAGGAAAUGUAUCUCAGAUACUUUGAGUGGCGACGGCACUUUAAAGUGAAAAAGGCAUACUUCUGGGCCGAACACACGUGCCUCGCUUGUGAUCAUCUCAGAAGGCACAAGGAGUACAAGGCAUUCAAUAACCUUGAUAAAUGGUUUUGGGGUGGAACGCCUUGAAGGGCCAUGAAAUUGUUGUUUUGCAGUUGGAGGCAUUGCUUUAAAAUAUAUUCAGUCAUGAUGUAUUUGACAUUGACAAUGUUCCAACAUGUUUUUCUCACUGGUUAUAGGGGCCCAAAUGAGCCAUUCUCUUUUUUAUUUUGUUACCAGACAGAUUUGCUCAGUCUUAAUGUGUCUAUUGCAUUUCAAUUCAAUCAUGAUUUAUGUUGUAAUUUGCAAUGCAUUUAAUAUUUGUUUCAUAAAAUCUCACUUUUAUACAUGACCAAAAGUAUGUGGACACCUGCUCGUCGAACAUCUCAUUCCAAAAUCAUGGGCAUUAAU